AUGUCAAAAGUUGCAACAAAUUUCGUGAAUCAGUAUAACUUGACUCCUCAGAUGAGUAUAGCUGAGCUUGGUAACUAUGCUGAAAAAAUAUGUAACAAGAUUAAAGAUUAUAAAGCCCGUGAUCACGCUCGAAAUAAAAUCCAGAAGUUAGGAUUUAGCAAAGAUCAAACAUAUGCUUUAAUUCCUAUCCAGGAUUCCGGAAGGCGUGUUACAGGGCGAGAUCCAAUUAAAAAGCUCGCUCAAUAUAUUAAGGAGAAUGAAAAUAAUAUUGAACCCGAAGAGAUAAAUAUGCUAGCAUAUAACUUAGCUAAAACAGCUCCUACA